CUGCAAAGCACACUCUAAACAAGCUAAGCACUUAGCCAUGGUCACCCUCCAUCUGCCAUUGCCUGGUUUAACAACCCUUUUGAACUUAGUCACUCUUUUUUGCUGCUUUAAUAUCUGCUUCGCCGUUAAUCGAAAGCACUUAAACUUGUCAGCCGCUGCCACCGAUUGGUCCCCUGCCGGAGCUACUUGGUAUGGCAGUCCCGAUGGCGCCGGAAGUGACGGAGGGGCUUGUGGGUAUGGAAAUUUAGUGUCACAAGCUCCGUUCUCUUCCAUGAUUACUAGUAUAGGCCCUUCUCUGUACAAAUCAGGCAAAGAAUGUGGAGCUUGCUAUCAGGUAAAAUGUACCAACCAUCCAGCUUGUUCUGGCAAACCGGUGAGGGUGGUCAUUACCGACUUUUGCCCCGGAGGGCCUUGCGCCUCCGAACCGGCACAUUUCGACCUUAGCGGUACCGCAUUCGGCGCUAUGGCACUUCCCGGCCAACAAGAAAAACUACGCGAUGCCGGAGUUUUGCAGAUUCAAUUCGCACGUGUGGCAUGUGAUUAUUCAGGACAAACAAUCGCAUUCCACGUGGAUCAAGGAUCAAACCCAAACUACUUCGCGGCUGUGAUUGAAUUCGAAGACGGAGAUGGUGAUCUUGCCGGCGUUGAGGUGAAGGAAACUUCGUCAUCGAACGGUGGAGGCGAAUGGCGAGCCAUGCAGCAAUCAUGGGGUGCAGUGUGGAAGCUUGAUGCCGGGGCAGAAUUACAUCCUCCACUGUCGAUAAGGUUGACAUCUCUGUAUUCAGAUGAGACUUUGUUGGCCAAGGAUGUAAUUCCAGUUGGGUGGAAACCCGGUGCCACUUACAGAUCUUUGGUCAAUUUUCAUUAACCAAUCUGGUUGUACUAAAACAUGGGUUGUUAUCGCACUCCAAAAUCCCAACACUCCUUCCUAAUAGAAGGAAGAAAGGAUUGAGAAGUGUGUAACGACUAUUUCCGAGUGCUGAUAACAAUUCAAUAUCUCUAUAAUAAAAUUAGAAAAAUGCAGUCAAUUUUGCGGGUCUUGUCGGUC